ACAUAAAUUACGAAUGUCGCAACUUUUUGAAUGUGACAAUUUUCCUCUACAACCGCUCAUAGCUGAAUUCUGGUCGUUCCGUGCCAUCUACAUAGCGUUUUGAUCGUUACGUUUCCGCUUGUUUGAGACAAAUUCAGCUGGUAGCACUGCUGGACUCCUCAGAGGCCAUGUUGUUUGUUUUCGUUCUUUGCAGUGUUCUGAUCACAGCAUCAGUAGAGGCGAGCAAUAGCUACUUUAUCACUGCACCAAGUGUCUUCAGACCAGGGCAGCCAUUUAAACUCAGAGUCUGGCUGAAGGAUACUGUGACUGACCCAGUGAACAUAACAUGUGGUAUCUUGGACCUCAAGCUCAAAACUGUGAUUGCAAGCAAUAGUGACACAUUUGCUAACGGAUCUAGUAAGGAAAUUGCAUUACAGGUUCCCUAUGGUGUUGCAUUGACAAGUGUUACAUAUAGUUUGUCAGUCAAUGGGACAGGUGGUACCAAUUUCUCUGAAACAAAAUAUGUUCGCUUUAUGGAAAAGGGUUUUAGCAUUUACAUUCAGACUGACAAAGCUGUGUACAAACCGGGACAAAAAGUUCUCAUGAGAAUCUUUGGAGUGCAUCCAGACUUAAAACUGUACACUGGCAAUCUGACUGUGGAUAUAUUGGAUCCCAAUGGUAAUAAGAUGGCUCAUUGGGUCAAUGUUAACAGCCAGUCAGGUGUCAUCAAGAAGGAAUUUCUCCUCUCCACUCAGCCAGUAGAGGGAAAUUGGAAAAUCUCUGUUACAGCUGCUAAGGACCAGAAAGCAGAACAAGUUAUAGAAGUGAAGCCAUAUGUGCUACCCAAAUUUGAAGUGAAGGUGAACCUUCCAGAUUAUGCCCUUGAGAAAGACAAAUAUAUCCAUGGUUCUGUUGAUGUCAAGUAUACGUAUGGAAAGGGAGCCAAAGGUCGGGCAAAUAUUCAGUUGUAUUUCAACACAUAUUCCUGGCAUCAAAAGAAGCCCACGUAUGCUAAAGAUGUUCCUGUUGUUGAUGGCCAUGGAAAAUUUUCAUUCAGAAUGAAGGAUAUUAAUCAGUUAUUCAAAAAGAGUUUUGGUGAUUACAUGGAUGAAAGCUUCCUCUAUAAAUAUGGUUACAGAAUGGAGGUCAAUGCAACAUUUUAUGAGGAUCUCACUGGAAAGAAAGCUGCUGGCCUAGGAAGCAUUUCUUUUCAUGAGAUAGACGUGAAGUUGCAAUGGGCUGAAUUCAAUCCAGAGAACUUCAGACCAGGACUACCUUACACAGCUUUGGUUACUGCUGUGCAACCAAACAAUGAACCACUCACUCCUAGUAGACUGCAAGAAAUUCAGGGUAAAAUCAAGUUAACAACAAAGUAUCAAUGGAAUGACAAAGGGACUGAAGAAUUUUUGCCGCAUUCAAGUGACGGAAGUUUCAUCAUUACAAAGGAUGUUCCUUCCUCUGCAUAUUAUGUAUCUUUAAAGGCAGAAUAUUAUGAAGGUCUGAAAGGAACAUGGGCAUAUUUGUCAGCUUCUAAGGCCAGCUCACCAAGCAAAUCUUUCUUACAGUUAUCAACAACCACACCUUCAGUGAAGGCUGGUGAUGUAAUAGCAUUGGCCGUGGAGGCUACUUUCCAACUUUCAGAGUUGAGAUAUAUGGUUUUGUCACGUGGCAUGUGGGUUAAAACUGGUUCUCACAUUGUGUCUCCUGGCUCCACCAAAGCGUCCUUCACCAUCCAGUCCAAAACAGAAAUGGCGCCUAGUGCUCGUCUGUUGGUUUACUGCAUAAAACAAAGUGGGGAAAUUGUUGUAGACAGUCUGAAUAUCGAAGUAGAGAAUCCUUUCCAAAAUGAAGUUUCUGUGACAAUCGACACCAACAAUAGAGACAGCGUCGCUCCGGGUGACAUGGUAACUAUAAAAGGGAAAGCAACUCCGGGAUCUUUCAUUGCUUUCCGAGCGGUCGACAAGAGUGUACUUCUCAUGAAGGAGGAUACAGACCUGUCUGUUAAGAAGGUUCUAGAAGAGCUUCAAAGUUACGACUCAGCGCAAGUUUGGUAUCCAUUUUGGGACUGGGGCAGGCGAGGUAGACGUCGUAGAAUGAUCAUGCCCUAUCCCUCUUCAGGACGCAAUGCGGCAGCAGUCUUUGAGAACUCUGGUCUCGUUGUUAUCACUGACUAUGAAUUGCCAGGGGGCUUUGAUGACCGAAUGAUAAUGAUGGCAGCAAUGCCGGAAAUGGGGUCAGGUGUUAACGGCGGUGGCGCGCCCAAGCUUGCUGAAGUGAAGCGCGUCAGAAGUCUGUUCCCUGAGACCUGGAUCUGGUUGGAGUAUGAUGCCAAUUCUGCAGGCGAGGUUGAAUUUCAGCGGGCUGUCCCUGAUACACUAACCACAUGGGUAACCAGUGCUUUUGCUGUGUCCAACGUUACCGGUCUCGGUGUUGGAGAACUUAAACCACAGGUGAAAGUGUUUCAGUCGUUCUUCGUAUCUUUGAAUCUUCCAUACUCUGUUGUUCGAGGCGAAGAGCUCGCUCUGCGGGUCACUGUCUUCAAUUAUGAGGCUGAGAAACAGCUGGUCACAGUGACACUGAAAGCUUCCAAAGACUGGGCUAUCAUAGAUGAAGUAAACAGCCUUGGGCUAAGGGGGCAAAGCUCCGUAAACAAGGAUUAUGUCGACAAAGCAAUGGACCUUUCAGUGGAGAUUGAGGUUGGGGCCGGUGAAGGAAAAGCUGUGUCGUUCCCCGUGGUCCCGAAAACAUUGGGUCAGGUACCAAUUGAAGUUCGAGCUCAAUCUGUGUCCAACGCUGAUGCUGUUAAAAGGAACUUGUUAGUAGAGCCAGAGGGAGUACCACAGGAAUAUUCUAUCAGCGUGUUAUUGGAUCUUAACUCCACCUCAAGUCUUACACGCACACUGGAUCUGAGUGUACCAAAGAACACCGUCAAGGGAUCUGCGACAGCCACAGUGUCCAUCAUGGGUGACAUUCUUGGAUCGUCUCUGAACAACCUGGAUAAGUUGCUGCGCAUGCCCUAUGGUUGCGGUGAACAGAACAUGAUUAAUUUCGCUCCAAACAUCUACGUCAUGAAAUACUUGAAGACAGUGAACCAACUUACGGAUCAAAUGGAACGGAAAGCCAAAAAUUUUAUGAUCUCAGGAUAUCAACGUGAACAAACCUAUCGUCAUCGUGACGGCUCAUACAGCGCUUUCGGUGAACGUGAUUUAUCUGGAAGCAUGUGGCUGACAGCAUUUGUAGCAAAGUCUUUUGCACAAGCGCGCGCGUUUAUACCUGAAUACAUCGAUGACGAGUUGUUAGAAGAAAGCUUGGAAUGGAUGUCACGUAAGACAAACAUUGACAAAUCCUUCAGGAAAGUUGGAAAAGUUCACAGCUCUGUUCUGAAGGGAGGUCAAACUGGUGCAAUCUCACUCACGGCUUACGUCCUUGUUGCUUUGGCUGAGGCGAACUCAAAGUCACAGACUGUUAUUAACGCCAAGAAUGGAGCCAUAAGUUUCUUGGAAGGCAAGGUUCAAGCUAUGUCAAGUGAUAUACAAGACGCUUACACGUUAGCAAUCACCGCAUACGCCCUGGGGCUGGUCGGCAGCGCCACGAAGUGGAAAGCACUCACGGAACUGCGUAAAUUGGCCGUAGAAAAAGAUGGUCUUAUUUACUGGCAAGAAAAACCGGAAGGCAACAAACCAAACGACAAUCCGUGGUGGCGCCCAUAUUACCGUCCGCGAUCAGCUGACAUAGAAAUCACUGCUUACGCUCUGCUAGCUUUCACACUCAACAAGGAUAUAAGCGUUGGUCUGCCCAUCUCCCGCUGGUUAUCUCAGCAGAGAAACUCGCUCGGAGGAUACUCGUCAACUCAGGACACGGUGAUUGGACUCCAGGCCCUCUCGGAGUUCGCCGAGUUAAUUUAUGCACCUGAUAUCGACUUCACAGUUCGUUUGAGUCUCACUGGGGAUCCGUUCUUCAGCAAAACUGUAACUGUCAAUCAACAAAACUCCAUGGUGCUACAAUUAGUAGAGAUUCCAGAUGUGGCUGCAGCGGGCUCUCUGAAAGUAUCGGCAGAUGGCCGUGGAGUAGGAAUGUUACAGGUGGGUGUCACUUAUAACGUGGACAAAGCCCCUGACGAAAACUCGUUUGAUUUCCUCUUGGAAGUCAUCCGGGAAACUGAUUAUGAGAUCGAAGUGCAAGCGUGUUCCAAGUGGACUGAGAACGAUCAGAGCUCGGGUAUGGCGGUCAUGGAUGUCGGGAUUCCUUCAGGAUUUGAAUUAGACCAGAACAGUGUCGAUAAGAUUAUGUCGAACCCAUCUCUGAAGCUGAAGCGUGUCGAGACGGAAGAUCGCAAAGUGCUUUUCUACUUUGACGAGAUCCCUUCAAGUCGAAAGGUGUGCGUGAAAGUGUUGUUUCAGCGUGCUUUUGACGUAGGAAAACCUCAGCCCUCUUCAGCAUCCGUUUACAGCUACUACGAGCCAGCGAACCGUGCCGAAGCUUUAUAUGCUGUAGACUCUCUCAAAGAUAAAGGGGUCUGCCGUGUUUGUGCGGACUGUGUGAACUGUGAAGCGUCAGACGAACCUGACGUUAAACGAAAGAGUUCUGCACCUGGAGUGUCGGUUCAAGUCGCAAGCUGUGUACUGAUGGUGUUGUCUCUGAUAUUGAUGGCUGCAUUGCAGUAGCUCCCGUUGCCACAGGGAGGACCUUUCAAAGGCAGCAUAUGACACAAAAGUAUUUGUUUUUUCAGUCACGAUUUUGCGUUACGUUGGUUCACGUCAGUAUCCUAAUGGUCCUUUUUAUACCACAGCUCUGUAGUUUGAGAGUAACAAUAGAUACGAACGAGUAUAUCACUCUAAACAAUUUAAGACCGAUCGAUUUAGAGCACUACAGGCCUUUCUAGAUUUUGUAACAUUAGGGUAAACUUUUUAGGGUCUUAAACCUUUUAGAUUAAAAUAAACGUUUUAAGGUCCUCUACAGUUAAUCUUUCGGUCUUUAUUCAACAAAUGCACCCAUGAAACUGAAGAAAUUUGUAAGACAUCUUCUGUCAGUGUUAUGGAACGACAUUUUCAAAUAUACUAUUAUAUUAUAUUCACGUUUUUCGACGUCAGUGGAGUACAUAGUUGAAGCCCUUUUUAAAAAAAAGCACACCACAGAUAUGCCCUAAGGGUGCACCUUGUAAUUUCAUAGUAUUUAGCAUAAUCCUACAAAGGCUGAAGAAAGUUUUCCUCGUCUCCUAUUGCAUAUAAACCAUUUCAGCCAGGUAGCCUUCACAUAUUCAGAGAUCUCUCUUUUAUUUCAAAUAUGGAUAGAUAUUAAGUGAUAGCAUUUAAUUAGGAUUUUAAACGUACUUCAUCGUUUAAAUGUAUUAUUUCGCAUACAUCCACCAAAUAAACUUACUGCAAGUAAGUUAA